UGAUAUAAAGGGUUUUGACAAACGAGUGCGACUGAAUAUGCUUGAAAGCACAUGAUAUCUUUCUGCUCUACUGCCUCCCUGUGUUAUUGGGUACCCCUGCACCACCCACAACUGCUAUCAUCCCUUUUGUAUCCUAAGAGACCAUGAGCAGCACCACCUGGCAGCUUGAUAGAAAUGCAGAAUCUCAGUCCCCACCCAGACCUACUGAAUAGAAACCGCAUUUUCACAAGAUCCCCAGGCAUUCCAGGAACCGGAACUACAAAGCUGAAUUUGCAUCAUGCCGAUUGGAGGCUGUGCCAUUGGAGUUUGGGGACUAUCACCCACUGAAACCCAUAACUGUCACAGAAUCAAAGACAAAGAAAGUGAGCCGGAAAGGAAGUACUUCUUCCACUUCCUCCUCUUCCUCUAGCUCCGUGAUGGACCCUCUGAGCAGCGUCCUGGAUGGCACCGACCCUCUCUCUAUGUUUGCAGCCACUGCCGAUCCCACAGCCACGGCAGCUGCUAUGGACAGCUCCAGAAAGAAGCGUGAUAGAGAUGAUAACUCUACUGUAGGGUUGGACUUUGAGCCGUGGUCCAGCAAACGGGGAGAGAUCCUUACCCGGUACACUACUACAGAAAAGCUCUCUAUCAAUCUGUUUAUGGGAUCUGAAAAAGGCAGAGCGGGGACUGCCACGUCCGCAAUGUCAGAGAAGGUCCGGACCAGGCUGGAGGAGCUGGAUGACUUUGAGGAGGGAUCCCAAAAGGAGCUGUUGAACUUGACUCAACAGGAUUACGUGAACCGCAUAGAGGAGCUCAACCAGUCGCUAAAGGACGCCUGGGCCUCAGACCAGAAAGUGAAGGCUCUAAAAAUAGUCAUCCAGUGUUCAAAGCUUCUUUCAGACACAAGCGUUAUUCAGUUCUACCCAAGCAAAUUUGUCCUUAUCACCGACAUACUUGACACAUUUGGAAAAUUAGUGUAUGAGCGCAUCUUUUCCAUGUGUGUGGAUAACCGCAGUGUCUUGCCAGAUCACUUUUCUCCAGAGAACGUAAAUGACACGGCCAAAGAAACAUGCUUAAAUUGGUUUUUCAAGAUUGCUUCCAUCCGGGAACUCAUUCCGAGAUUUUACGUGGAAGCAUCCAUCUUGAAGUGUAACAAGUUCCUCUCCAAAACAGGGAUUUCAGAGUGUCUGCCGCGACUGACGUGCAUGAUUCGAGGGAUCGGAGACCCGCUGGUGUCUGUGUAUGCCAGAGCCUACCUGUGCCGGGUGGGAAUGGAAGUGGCUCCACAUCUCAAAGAAAGCCUAAAUAAGAACUUUUUUGACUUCCUCCUGACAUUUAAACAGAUCCAUGGGGAUACGGUCCAGAACCAGCUGGUGCUCCAGGGAGUGGAACUCCCAUCCUACCUGCCCUUGUAUUCACCGGCCAUGGACUGGAUCUUCCAGUGCAUUUCCUACCACGCCCCCGAGGCUCUGCUAACCGAGAUGAUGGAGAGAUGUAAGAAACUAGGAAACAAUGCCUUGCUGUUGAAUUCCGUGAUGUCAGCAUUCCGGGCCGAGUUCAUUGCCACAAGGUCUAUGGAUUUUAUUGGCAUGAUUAAAGAGUGUGAUGAGUCUGGUUUCCCCAAGCAUCUCCUUUUUCGCUCGUUGGGGUUAAACUUGGCCUUGGCUGAUCCACCUGAGAGUGAUCAACUUCAGAUUCUUAAUGAAGCUUGGAAAGUUAUCACUAAAUUGAAGAAUCCACAGGACUACAUUAAUUGUGCAGAAGUAUGGGUAGAAUACACGUGCAAGCAUUUUACGAAACGAGAGGUGAAUACUGUUUUAGCUGAUGUCAUCAAGCACAUGACUCCAGAUCGUGCGUUUGAAGAUUCCUACCCACAGCUGCAGUCAAUAAUUAAGAAAGUUAUCACCCACUUCCAUGAUUUCUCAGUUCUCUUCUCAGUGGAAAAAUUUCUGCCAUUUCUGGACAUGUUCCAAAAAGAGAGUGUGCGAGUGGAAGUGUGCAAAUGCAUCAUGGAAGCCUUUAUCAAGCAUCAGCACGAGCCCACCAAGGACCCCGUCAUUCUGAACGCCCUUUUGCACGUGUGUAAGACCAUGCACGACUCUGUGAAUGCACUCACGCUUGAGGAUGAGAAAAGAAUGCUGGCAUAUUUGAUUAAUGGAUUUAUAAAAAUGGUAAGUAUCAAGGAAGAAGUUUUAGUGCACUUGGAAAUGAGUGUGAACCGGUUGGCAAUGGAAACAAGACAAGUAAUGAAAGGAAAUCAUUCCAGAAAGACGGCUGCUUUUGUCCGGAACCCAGUUAUUCAGACAGAGCCAUAUGUGGAGCCUCAGUAUACAAAAGAGGUUCCAGCAGGCUGUUCAGGUGGACAUGCGCGGAGGAGAGUGCCAGCCCUGGGUUGUCUGCAGGAGCGGGAGGAGGCCACAGAGCACAGUGUGGAACCUUCUGAAGCCUUGGGAGGAAGAAUCCUUUGGAAGUGGAGCUGUCUGGAGAGUUCGAACCCUGAGGACCAUCCUGAACAUGGGGUCCUGUUUCUUGUUCGAGAGCUUCUCAACGUGAUCCAGGACUAUACCUGGGAAGAGAGUAGCGAUGAUAAAAUCCGCAUCUACACCUGUGUCUUACAUCUCCUCUCUGCCAUGAGCCAGGAGACCUAUCUCUACCACGUAGACAAAGUGGACUCCAACGACAGCCUCUACGGGGGAGACUCCAAGUUCCUGGCUGAAAACAACAAACUGUGCGAGACGGUGAUGGUGCAGAUCCUGGAGCACCUGAAAGCUCUGGCCAAGGACGAGGCCCUGAAGCGCCAGAGCUCGCUGAGCCUCUCCUUCUUUAACAGCAUCCUGGCCCAUGGGGACCUGCGCAACAACAAGCUGAACCAGCUCUCCGUCAACCUGUGGCACCUGGCGCAGAGGCACGGCUGUGCGGACACCAGAACCAUGGUGAAAACUCUGGAAUACAUCAAGAAGCGAAGCAAACAACCAGACAUGAGUCACUUGACUGAGCUGGCCCUGAGACUCCCUCUGCAGUCACGGACCUGACCCUGUCCCUUCCCCAGGCCUGGGCCCAGGCCUUCUGUGGCUGAGUCCAGAGACACUUUGCCCCGGACUCUUACUGGAAUUCAGAAAGUUGUUUGUUUUGGGGGGUUUUUUGUUGUUGUUGUUUUUAAACAUAUAUACAGAUGGGUUGAUGCCUUGGCCUCUGCCCAGAUUAUUCUGACAGUGAAGAAGGGGGGAUUGUGAGCAUUCACAUCAAAUCUUGCUCACCGAGAAGCAGCAUCUUCUGCUUCUUUUUACAAGUGGCCUUGAGGUUCUCAGUAAGCCCUGGGAGGAAUCAGAUGGGCCUUUAGCGAGAGAGAAACUAAAGAAUGCAAGUAAUGUCUUUAUUUUCGGUCAUAUUUUGGGAAAACCACCUUGGAAAGCAUCCACUUUUCAGGUGCCACAGUUCCCAGCGCUUAAUCUGAGGGCCUAAAGUCUGGAAUCGAAUGUUGCUCACACCACCUCGGAGGACUUAUAAAAGGCAGAUGGCCCAGUUAGCUCCUUUUCUAUCAAAAGUACCUCUUGGUUGGACAUGGCACUUUGUGGGUCAAAGGAGGAAGUGACGUCAAACCCGAGACUCGCUGUGGCUUCAGUGGCAAGUACAUUGUAACCAAGUAAAUGUCCUGGAGGAACAUUUCUCUGUUCGUAACUGUUCAUUUAAUUACUUCUGACUCUUCAUCCAGAAGAAAGAGAACACGUCUGAGCAUAUUAGCCCAGCCUCCUUUUCAGCUGUAAUUAUAAACAGCAUAUGAUUCUGGCUACUUUUCUGUCACCAGUUUGGUGGAGUCUGAGUCUUGUAUUACAGCCACAAACUCCCACUGACAUCUUGAAUUAGUAAGAGCAGUGAUACUGAUUGGCCUGUAACCUGUUUCCCAUGAAAAUGCAUCCACGUUGUGGAUUAAAGUGCCCCAAACUAUGGUACUUUGAGAAGCUAUACACUGGGCAUAGAUGACAUUUCAUCUCUUUACCCUUUGUGUGCUAAAUGCCAGCAUCACAGCAGUUAACCUCAGAAAGUACAAUGAUUUUUAAAUAUAAAUUUAUAUAAACUCAUGUUCUUACUGGAUAGUGUAAAAGCAAGAAUAUGCUGUGAAAAUGGUUUUUCUGGCCAACUUGGUAAUGAUAAC